UCCUAGACGCAUGCGCACUCGGUGUAAACAGGAAGGAACGACGAAAACCCAGGGCGAAUCUAUCAUAAAGAGGAGAACAUGAUUAGAGGAAAACCAGCGAACGUUUUGUUUUUCUUUAGAUUUUCACCAGAGUAAGUAAUGUCCUACACCGGCUGAUUGCAAUUUCGACAACAUCUCGUGGAAACACUUGCUGAUUUUGGACAGUUUUGAUAGACUCGCUAAUACCGUGCGCGAGCUAACGUUGACAGACUUUGACGCGAUUUAUUUCCUCCGGGAUUUCGUUUGGACAAUUUGCUGUUCAACUGCACCCUGACGAGAAACAAGUGUCAGCCCUCUGCAGGAUUGUGUGUGUGGUGGUUUUACACCGAGGGAAACCGCUAACGAUGGUGCAGAAAGAAAAGACGCUGGAGGCCCCUCAAGCAGACGGCGAGCCGAGCCCCAGCCCAGUCUCCGGAGAGGCUUGUGCCGAGGCCCCCGGUCCGGUGGAGGAGUCCGGCAUCGUCGUGGAGUCGACGGGCCAGAGAAAAUUCAUAAGCGGAGUCGUGGAAGGCUUCUAUGGACGACCGUGGACGAUGGAACAGAGGAAAGAGUUGUUCAGAAGGCAACAUAAAUGGGGACUGAAUACAUACCUGUAUGCGCCCAAAGAUGACUACAAACACAGGAUGUUCUGGAGAGAGCUGUACUCAGUGGAAGAAGCAGAACAACUCAUGACUCUGAUUGGUGCUGCUAAGGAGCAUGGGAUAGAGUUCAUCUACGCCAUUUCUCCUGGACUGGACAUCACCUUUUCCAAUCAGAAAGAGGUUUCUGCCCUGAAGAGAAAACUUGAUCAGGUUACUCAUUUCGGCUGCAAGUCUUUUGCCUUACUUUUUGAUGAUAUUGACCACAACAUGUGCCCUGCUGACAAAGAAGUGUUCAGCUCCUUUGCACACGCUCAGGUUUCCAUCACCAACGAAAUCUACCAGUACCUGGGGGAGCCCGAGACCUUCCUCUUCUGUCCCACGGAGUACUGUGGAACUUUCUGCUACCCAAAUGUCUCUCAGUCCCCCUACCUCCACACAGUCGGAGAGAAGCUACUGCCUGACAUUGAUGUGCUAUGGACAGGUCCCAAGGUUGUGUCAAAAGAUAUUACAGUGGAAUCAAUUGAGGAGGUGUCAAAAAUCAUUAAAAGGGCCCCUGUGAUCUGGGACAACAUUCACGCCAAUGAUUAUGACCAGAAGAGGCUUUUCUUGGGUCCAUACAAGGGCCGCUCCACAGAGCUCAUCCCCAGACUGAAGGGAGUGCUUACCAAUCCCAACUGCGAGUUCGAGUCCAACUUCGUAGCGAUCCACACUCUGGCCACCUGGUACAAGUCUAAUAUGAACGGGGUUCGCAAGGAUGUGGUCAUGACGGAUGGCGAGGACAGCACAGUGUCCAUUCAGAUCAAGUUGGAGAACGAAGGCAGUGAUGAAGAGCUGGAGACAGACAUGCUCUACAGCCCACAGCUCGCUCUGAAACUGGCUCUGACGGAGUGGCUUGGAGAAUUUGGCGUGCCUCAUCAAUACAACAGCCGACAGGUGCCUCAGAGUGGUCCCAGAAGCACAGCCAUAGAUGUGUCGACCAUGGCUGCCCCCUCUCUUUGCUCCUCCACUACAGUCACAACAGUGUUCCAGCAGCCCAUCAUGUCUCCAGCCAUGCCGCCUCUCUGUCUGGAUCCACUCUCGCAUCCCAUGGCAAAGGGACCUACGGAGGAGGAGGAGGUGGAGGUGGAGAAGAAGGAUUCAGAUGAGGAGCCCAUGGAGAUGGUGGUUGAGAAGCAGGAUGAGGCGGAGCCUGAAGCCGAAGCUGACCCAGAGGAGAAGCACGUCGAUCCCAUUUUAGCCGACAAGAUGGCCGAGGACCUGAAGCCCAUGGAUACAGACAAGGAGAGUCUGGCAGAGUCAAAGUCGCCUGAAGAGUCUCUCCAGGAAGAUUCUGGGAGUGAUAUCGCCCCCAUGCAGACAGAUGAUCAGCUCAAACAGUUGCUACCAACAUUUGACCUGUUUGUGCCCGGGCCCAACGAGAAGCCGUUGUUCAUAGCGGAGCCCCUCACACUCGAGGACCUGAGCCUGCUGGCAGAGCUCUUCUAUUUGCCUUAUGAACAUGGAUCCAAGGCCAUGCAGAUGUUGAAGGAGUUUGACUGGCUACGAGCCAACAGCAGCGUCGUCAGUGUCAACUGCAAGAGAAAGGAAUCCGAGAAGGUCGCAGAAUGGCAGCUGAGGGCAGAGAAGUUUGAGGAGAUGUGCUGCUCAGUCAUCCAGAUGUUCACACGACUGUCCAACACAGCCAACCGCACCAUCCUGUACGACCUCUACCCUUACAUCUGGGACGUCAAGAGCAUCAUUUCAAUGGUCAAGUCUUUUGUCCAGUGGCUAGGGUGUCGUAGUCAGUCCUCAGCACAAUUCCUUAGAGGAGACCAAGAGCCCUGGGCCUUUAGGGGAGGUCUAGCAGGAGAGUUCCAGAGAUUGUUGCCAAUAGAAGGGGCAAACGAUCUUUUCUACCAACCGCCACCCUCCAUGCCAACCUCCAAAAUCUAUUCCAUAAGGCCGUACUUUCCCAAGGAUGAGACUGCGGUUUACAAAAUCUGUAAGGAAAUGUACUGUGAAGGAAUGGAGGAAGCCCCGUUCUCUGAUGACGAUCCCGACCUCAUAGGAGACAGGUUGGUGGGAGGCCUCCUGACCCUGAGUUCAGACUACGGGUUUGUGCUGGAGGACGAUGAAGGGAUCUGCGGUUAUGCCGUUGGUACAGUGGAUGUCAAGCCCUUCAUCAAGAAUUGCAAGUUGAGCUGGAUUCCCUUCAUGCAAGAGAAAUACCACAAACCUGACUGCCAGGAGGACCCGACUGAGGCCGAGAAGAUGAUGCUGAGUUUCCACGAAGAGGAGGAGGGUCUCCCUGAGUCUUUCCUCUCCAACUUCCCCUCUCUAAUCAAGGUUGACAUUCACGCCAAGGUGACUGACCCCAGUGUGGCCAAAAGCAUGAUGGGAUGUCUUCUAUCUUCUCUUAAAGCCAACGGGUCCCUCGGUGCAUUCUGUAAGGUCCGUCAGACUGAUAAGAGAAUGUUGGACUUCUAUAGUAAGCUGGGCUGUUUUGAAGUGGCCAAAAUGGAGGGCUUUCCCAAAGACAUCAUCAUUAUGGGCCGCAGCCUAUGAAGAAACCUCCUGCUACAGUGCAAAGACAGAAAGAAGCAAGUUGACGUGGCUUGAACAUGUUUGCUACCUUCAUGAGAAAAAAAACUUCCAUGAUGAUUUUAUACUACAUUACCAUCUGGGCUUGCCCCCUGGGGAGACCUCUUUUUAGGAUUUGUGUACAGAAGCACACUAGUCAUACACAGAUUCCCCACGCUGCCCUCACAUGGAUUCAGCAAAUCUGACGCAAAAAAGGGCCAGAGGGGGGGGUCGAUCUGUACUCCGUUGAUUUGAGCCAACAUAGAAGAGUGGAACUCCAGAAUUGAUUUCUGGGGUCCUGCCACUCGCAUACCUCCAGGAGGCAGGAGGCGAUAACUCCAUAAACCUUUUUUCUGAUCUAAUCCAGUAGCCGUUAUGUGGACGUCGCCCGCAUGCUCGGGCAGUCUGUCUGAAACGGAGGCGGUGCUGUGAAACGAGGGCGACAUCUCUCUCAGGUAGUGUCUCACUACCCCCAUGCCCUGUGUUCCCAGCUCUGACAUAGAGAAUAGCACAGCUGUCGAUGUAAGUAGGACAUAUUUAUACAGGAUGUGAGGUGCUGUGUGAGCUUUUGCCUUUCAUCAUGAAAUCGUGAUUUUUUUUUUUCUCCAAUUCCUCCACAAAAGCCUUUUUAAAGUGGCAUAUAUCGAACAAACCGUGAUGAUGCUAAGUUUUCACUUAUGAAGGGUGGAGAGUUGUAGAUUUUUGGGGGUUUGUCAUAGAAGAUCGUCACAGACCAGCAAAGGACUUGUCAAGGCAACGGAAAAGUUUACAGACAUGGUUCUCUGCCUGUUUCUGUUAAGCGCUUUGAUUUUGGCCAUUUCCCUUUUCUUUUCUUUUUUUGAUCACUUAUUUCCCCAUUUGAGCUGUUGCCUUUCGGUUCAUUGCCUUUGAAUAUUUAGGUUUAUAGUGCUGACCUCCAGUGUCUUCUGAGUAAAGGCAGUCAAACACCUGUCACAUAAAGUUAGAAAAGGUUGUUUCCAGAGAUGCAGCACGACAACCGACGGCCACUUGUUUAAGUUUUUGCCCUCCUGGAUCCUAAUGGAUGAUACUGUCAGAGGAAGCUCAGACUCAAACGUCUGUAAAAUUAUGCAUUUAAGAAAUGUUAUGGAAUUUUAAGUUUUGUAUUUUAUAAGUUUGUGUUAGUAAUUAAAAUGUCAACGUUUACUUGUGUAAACAAGCCUGUGUUCCUCUCCUUCCUGAGAGAAUGAAAAUCUAAAUCAUUUCCUGUUUGCAGCUCCCCGUUGGACCAAAAUCCUGAUAUUCUGAUCUGCUAUAUAAAUUGCAUGGGGUGAAAUGCUUCUCGAUUCUUCGUAACCACUAAUUCAAGUACUUGAAUUUGUGAAUCAACAAGUGACCUGGGCUGCAGAUUCGGGUUUGCUCAAACAUCAUUUGGAAAUCGAGAAUAAUCAGCUUGCAUCUUUCAUUUUUCUUCCCUCCCCGCUUUGUUUUCAACAUGCCGCCACUCUCAGAUGAAUGUCCUCUUAGUCGAGCUGUGGCGAGCUCUACGGGGAUCGGCAGGGUUGUCAAGUCCGGUCACCACAUUGACACCGGCUCCCACACUAUUGAACUGUAGUCGUGUGCGUUAGAAGCAGAAAUUCCUUGGCCUUUUUUAAAUACGUGUCCAUUGAAUGUUUCGUAAUCUGACGCAUCUCCCAUUCGUUUUUGUAAAUCUAUAUAGUUGAAAAAAAAAAAAAGCACUUUGACUAUAGAUAGGAGUGUUCUGUUGGUUACGUAAGGAUCAUCAGUUGCUCUGAAGUAGCUGCCUGCCAAUGUGAUGUUUUGAUACUGUGUACAUGCAUAAUGUGCAUGAGGUGUAUUGGAUUUUUGCCGCGGCAUUAGAAUCACCUCAUCCUGCGCUCCAAAGGGGACGAAGCAUGCCACUCACCUCUGUGAGCAUAAUACUGUAAUAUGUGGACAGUCUGUCGACACUGUCAAUCAUGAAGUGUUAUUGUUUUGUAUAUCGUUAUUGGGACUGUGGCCAACGUUUUAGUUUUUCUUUAAGGAAAAAACAAAAUGCUGGCCUUGUUACAAUGCCCCGUUCUGUACAUCAGUCCUACCUGGCAUUGUUUUGGGUGUUUUUCAGGUAGAUGUGAAACUCAAACAGAUCUCGAUUGCUCGUCGUCUGAAACAGCAAAAGGUUUCACGCUCGUUCUGAACGGUUCAUUUAACAUUUCCCCCCACCGACGCUCGAGCUUUCUCCUCUGCCAACCAGGUUGAUCAUAGGAAGGGGCUGUGCCUGAGAGAAAGUGCUCCAAUUGUAAAUUUUGAUUAUCUGAGUUUGGGGUGUUAUAAAAGUGUCAGUUUACCAAUGUAAAAUUUAUAUGUAAGAUACAUACGGGGAAAAAACGAAUAAACCAUAAUAAGUCA